AUGACGAAUGUUGGAAUCAUUGGAGCUGGCCAUGCUGGAUGUGCACUCGCUUUCAACCUCUCUGCGCGAGGUAAUGAGGUCACCCUUAGAACCAUGGCGGGUCAUCCUGGGAACACCUCAAAGAUUCUCGGAAACAAUGGCUAUCUAAUCGCCACUGGGCUGUUGAAUGGACGUGUUUCUGUUAAAGUUGGGCACGGACUCUCGCAGCUCACAGAAUCGAUUCUUUUGAUUGCCAUUCCAUCAACAGGCAUCGACCAGGUCGUUUGUGAGCUCGCCGGACACGACCUGAGCGACAAGCUGCUCAUCUUCAUCACCGGAAACUCUGCCGCAAUCAAAGCUCAUAUGGCCACAAACGCAAAAGCUGUCAUGGAAACGGCCACUUCUCCGUAUAGUUCUCGCGUCAGUGCUGACGGAAGCGUCAGUUUUCGGGGCAUCAAGAAACGCUUGGCGCUGGGCGUCCUUGCUACCGAAUUUCAACAAGAGGACAGGGAUAAAGUUGCUGCGAUUUUCCCAAUGCCUGUUGAAUGGUGCUCGAAUAUCUUGGAGACCUUUUUUUCAGCUCUGAAUGGCAUCGUGCACGUGCCGACGGCCCUGAUGAACAUGGGCUGGAUGGAGACGACCAAGGGCGACUUUUACUUUUACCGCCAAGGCAUGAGCCCUAGUGUAUGCAGCGUCAUUGAAGCGCUGGAUAAGGAGAGACUGGCUGUCGCGGCAGCGUAUAAUGUGCAUCUCCGGUCGGUAGCAGAGACGUACAAUGCCAACUAUGGAACGAAUGAGACCACGCUUCGAGACUUUGUCGCCAAGACGCCGGCACAUAAUUCGACCAAGGGAGCGCAGAAGCGGUUCAUCACGCAGGAUGUCCCGCACUGGCUGGUGCUCUGCUCUGAACUUGGCAUGCGGGCCGGCGUUUCCACCACUUCCAUCGACACCAUGAUCGACUUGGCGUCGAUUCUUACAGGCACAGACUUUAGGUCUACGGGAAACACACUCAAGUCGCUGGGUCUCGAGAAUGCGACGGUUGAGGAGGUCAGCAGAGCUUUCCGAGGUGGCGACAUGUGUGUAGCGCCCGUGCAGGCUAAGAAGGCCAAGGAGGCCAAGCUUCAGCGCCUCGCCGUCUUGUGA